AUGUCAAGCGAAGUUGGAUCUACCCCAUUGGGUACGAUCAUCUAUUCUGCGGUGAAGCCUAUCUUCAAGAUAUAUUUCAUUAUUGCAUUAGGGUAUUAUCUCGCAAGAAGGAAUAUUUUGACUGUAACUACAUGUCGAGAUAUUUCUGACUGUAUUGUUACAGCGAUCAUGCCGUGUUUAAUUUUUAAUAACGUUGUCACAAAUUUGAAAAGUUCAGACAUAAAAAGUUUGGGAAUAAUUUUCUUUACAGGUACAUUAUUGUUUAUUAUCGGUGUAGGGUUAUCAAUUUUGAAUAAGAUUGUUACAAAAUCGCCCAAAAGAUGGCUUGGGGGAUUACUUUCUGUGGGGUUAUUUCCAAAUAUAUCUGAUUUACCUAUUGCAUACUUACAGACUUUAUCUAACGGAGGAAAGAUAUUUUCAGAGAAAGAGGGUGAUAAGGGAGUGGCAUAUGUUUGCAUUUUCUUAGCGGCACAGGUAUUUUAUCAAUUUAGCUUAGGACUUUACCGAUUAAUAGAGUGGGAUUUCAGGGAAGAGCUUUUGAAAGAAGAGGAAGAGGAGAAAAACAUAGAAUCAUGUACGAAUAUCAGCAAUGAAGAUGUCGUUCAAGAACGAUUCGAUAGCAGCGGUCGUGUUAGUGAAGAUGCUGUUGAUGAUACUUCAAUAGCCUCUUCCUUCUCUUUUAAUUCAAUUCACAAGAAUAAUAAAGAAAAGAAUCAUAGAAAAAGGCAUUCUACUUCAGACCAAGAUCGGGAAAAUGUAAAUGAUCAGCACAAUGAAUUCUUAAAACAGUACGAAUUACAUGCAUUACAAUCUAACCCAAAAUCCACAAUUUCUUCUGGUUCCGAAGCAUCUGCAUCGCAAGUACGCUCUCGGAGAGGAUCAAAUGGACAGGGAUCUAUAUCCACCAAUCAUCACUCACUCUACUUGCAGCCUUCUAGAUCCAGUGCUAUAAGACGUCAAAAAUCAGAAGAUAUUGGCGAUGUUAUCAAUGAAUAUUCAGAAUAUGAAGAAUGGAAAAACCAAGAAAUAAGAAGAAUUUCCAGUACUGGAAGUGUUGGCUCGACGAAUUUAACACUCCCAAUUAGCGAAGUAAAAAGUGAGAAACGGACCAAAUGGGCGAAGUUUAAAAUGAUGCUGAUUGAAACGCUAAAGGACUUUGCUGCUCCUAACUCGGUUUCGUUAAUCGUAUCUAUAGCGAUAGCCAUGUCACCUCCAUUGAAGGCUCUUUUUGUACCGAACAAUUUCUAUAUGCCCAAUGCCCCCGAUAGUCAACCUCCUUUGUCUUUUAUUAUGGAUAUUGCCAGUUAUGUUGGUGCAGCAUCUGUGCCUCUAGGCUUGCUUUUAUUAGGGGCUACAAUUUCCAGAUUGCAAGUCAAGAAGAUGCCCAAAGGUUUCUGGAAAACCGCGGUGGCAGUUACUGUCUCACGGUUAAUUAUACUACCAAUCAUAGGCGUAGGACUAACUACUGGAUUCUAUAAAGGUGGUUGGUACGGUGAUGACAAAUUAAUUCGUUUUGUCAGCGUAUUAGAGUUUGGUCUUCCAAGUGCAACCGCUUUAGUAUAUUUCACUGCAUUUUACACUGAUCCCAAUUCAGAUGAUCACCUACAAAUGGAUUGUUUAGCCGUUUGCUUGAUCUUUCAGUAUGCAAUUUUGUUCAUCACUUUACCAUUUUUGGUGACUUUCACGCUCAAAGUCUCUUUGGGAUUUUAA